UACCAAUCCGCAAACAAGACUUUUGGAUCAAGCGAAAUUACUGCGGAUCAGCCAAUUCGAACUCAGUUUAUCUCCUGUUUGGUAAAACCCAGGAUGUGAUUGCUUAUUUUUCUGUACUGUAUGAUAUACAGUGUUUUGUAAACUGUGCUCUGAGGACAAAAUUUCUGAGACAAGAUUAAAGAAGCAAGAAGAACUGCCCUUGAUUCAAGAUGGCGGACUCUGCUGUCAGCAGUACCGAUGCAAAACUCCUGAAGAAGUUGGGUGGAGUUGGGCUGGUAAUGACUAUCAUUUUCACCAUUUCGGUAAGUUCAAGGGUAUGAUUUUCGGUAAAAUUUCCGCGCAGCUUCAUACAUUUAUUGUGUAUACGUUGUGGUUCAAUUUUAUCCUUGGUUCAAAUUUUCUUUUCUUUUGUUUUGGGUAUGGUAAUGUAUGAUAAUAACAUGAUAAUGAGUUUGAAACAAAAGAAAAGAAAAUUUGAACCAAGGAUAAAAUUGAACCACAACAUAUAUGCCUGUACAUGUUUCCACUCCAUUCAUUUAUGGGCAGCACACAUGGAAUCCGGAAUCCGGAAUCUGGAAACGGAAACAGAAACGGAAACGGAAACGGAAACGGAAUACGGACUCAAAUAUCAAUGAUAGAAAGUUAAGAAUUUCACAUUACACAACUUAGUACAAUCCAAAGAGAGUUGUCUUAGUUUUCUUGGCAGUUCCCUUAAAUAUAUUCUUGUUAUUGUGUCUUGAUAAGGUUUGCUGUAGUGUGGGUUACUGCGCUGCAAGGCCGAUGAAAGUAAUUUUACGAGUAAUUUUUAUUCACGAGUUCAUUUGUUGAAUAAUACAGUUAAAUAUUACUUUUGUAGCUAAUUCAAGCUAAGUUCAACUUUUUCACCAAGCUGAAUACUGAUGGAAUACUGGUGUACCGGUAAUUGAAUUUACGUGGACGUCCGUAUUUUUGUUGAAGAGGCUUAUUAAACAUGGCGCAUUAUUUUGAUGUAAUCGGUUGCGGCAUCAAGAAAAUGCAUGCACAAUUCUCUCUUCGGUUUGGACUCCACAAUGCCAUGGUUCUCUUGAGUAAGUUGUCUUGAUAAAUAAAACUGAACUCUGUUAAAGACAACCCAGAAAAGACACUAAGAAAAACUUGACGGCGAUGACCUUCAGUUAUAUAAACGACGCCUCUGACGAUUCAAACGAAGUCUGUCUCCAUAUAACUUACCUUUUUCUUACGGCACUAGUUUUUGUCAGUAACGUUUUUCUCCUUGCUUUGCUGUCCCAUGAGAAUUUGCAUUCAUUGCCGAUAGUGGUAUCAAGCGUCUUUUCACUGGAAUCGACUCCUCUAGUGAUACAGCAGGUCUCCUCUCCUCUACUCAGCUAAUUUAUUCAUUUGUGUCUUUUUUUUUAUCUGUUUAUUUAUUUUAUUGUCAUUGCUAAUAUAUAUGUUUUUCAAAUUGAUCGCUUGGAACCUUCUUUCACAGAUUCCAUAUUCCGUUUCUGUUUCCGUUUCCGUUUCCAUUUCCGUGAUUCCGUUUCCCGAUUCCGGAUUCCGUUUUUUAGUGCUGCCGUUUAUAAAUUAAUAAAACUGUCUGUGUGAAUUAGUAUGAGAUUGCUGAAUGCAUAAUAGAUAAUAAAUUGGGGCUGUGCGGAAGUCAUACAAGGUGUCCGUAGGUAAGAUUCAAAACUGGUACACGAGUAGCCUGUGGACACAGAUGUAUUAAAGGUAUUAAUGGUAUCCAUUAAAGGGAGAGCACUCCAGGACUGCUGAGUUAUUGAGGUAGUUUAAGGUUGCAGUUGAGACAAUGUUCUUUCCUCAUGACACAACAACUGCAGUGUACAUGUAGUUACCUUUGCUUUAUUUGCUUUUGUUGAGUAUUAAAUGUUGUUAAAUGGUUGUGGCGAAUUCAUUAAACUAAACUCAACCAAAUGUCCAUUUACUGGAGGUGUUUGUUGGUGGAGGUUGACAGCAGUCACAACAGGUCAAGUGUAUUUUAUUAUGCUGAUCAGUGACAACCUUUUCAGAUUGGACUUCUUAUUGUCAUUCUUGUGAAACGGCAAAUACUGAGGAUGUUAUUGCUGUCAAAAAGAGGACCACACUCCCCUGUUGGAAGCGAUGCACCUAGAGUAAGUUACCUGUAAUGUAGAGCAUACAGUCUAGCGUAGCUUAGCUGGCAGAAAGUUUACUUUGGAUCUCAAGGUGGCUGCUUCAAACCUUGAUUAAUUUUCUGAUGAACAUACAUUGUACCGUAUUAGCUGGAAUAGGUACGCAUGCUCUAAUAAGUGCACACCCUUCCUGGAAUAAGCACCCAACCCCUGGCCAAAAUAACAAAAAAAAGGGCUCUCCUCAAAUAAGUGCCCUCUCCCCUCUCCCAUCACUUUCUUCGUAAGGAUACGAGGAAACCUGUUUCUAUUGCCACUAAUAAUAGACCUUUUUGAGCUUGUAUAUUUUGUUUUCCCAAUUCAGACCACCCGAUGUUCUCCAAGAAAUUUUUCCUCUUGUCUUUUCAUUAAUUAUGCAUACAAAUGCAUUUGGGUGCACAAGCAUAAGACAACAUUAAAAUUUUGAAAGAAACAGUUCUCUGGGGUACCAUUACGUUGUCUGAAAUGGGAAAACAAAACAUACAACAAGCUUAACAGGUCCAUUGAUAACUCUGUCUGUCAACUGUCUAAAUGGGACUAAGUUACUCUUGGUUACAAACUGGAGAACUUUGAGACUGAAUCCACUAGGAAAUUGAGUAAUUUUGAUUUUCCGUGGACAAAAACCUUGUACCAGAAUAAUUUAAAGCAUUUGAAUUCUUUUUUACCUUUUUCAAGGGCUAAAGAUGUAACUAGUCAUCUGUAAUAACACCAAAGAAAUUUUCUUAUUGAAGCCCGAGAAAAUGAAUGUCAAAUUUCACAACAUGAAAUUUUCAGAAUUUUACCUGUGCUUUCACAAUUCUUGUGAAAUUUGACAUUCAUUUUAACCCUAACCCUAUCUCCUAUCCCCUCCUCUGAACUCAACUCCCCAUAUACUUCUAGGUAAGUCUCUGGUAACAGACAUGGGAUUAGUUUCUUGCUGGAUGCCUUGGGUAUAUAUAUGUAGCUUGUGGCUUGGAUAGCCUGGAGUUGCUUGCAUACACUGUACAGCAGUGUUGCUGAGUAACAUGUGCAUUCAUUUGCAUCUAGAUUUUGUAAUAAACUAGCUGAACAGUUAUCAAACAGUAUAUUUCCAUGACUGAUUAACCCAUCUACAUUUCUUCACAUUUACAGCUUAUUACACAUUAAUGUAAUUUGUGCAUAUUGUGUUUCCAAUCAAUUAGAGUUUAGGAAGAGAAAUUUCAGCUCAGUUACAAAGGAUUUCUCAAUUAAGGAUGGAGCCAAGAAUGUUAUCAGAACAGUUCAACAAACCAGUGGAUGGUUCUGCCAACUAUGAAUCUCCAUCAGGUACCCAUGACAAAAUAAUAUUCUCUCUAUCAUUUUUUAUUAUUAUUAUUUUUUUACAGUUUAAGUUACAUUGUAUGAGAACGUUCUGACAAGUUAACCAGAGUUAAGUCAUAAAGAAUAUAAUUAUGAUCAUUAUAAAUCAAAUGAUAAUUAUUAUUCUUGACUGGCAAACCCUCCACCUACGCUUCCCUUAAUCCCACAUUUUAGCAUUGGUCAAUUAAGGGGAGGGGUGGGUGGAUAGUUCCCCAGAAUUUUAUACUGAUCCAAAUAUAUUAACAGAUAGUAUAGAGUAAAUCAAGGGGAGAUGAUCAAUUUGGGUUUGCCUCAGCAUGAACUUUAAGUUACAGAGGGUUUGAGUCACCAGCAAACAAUCUUACUACCAGCAGAAGUUUCUUGUUAAAGGUAUUCCUCAACUCAAAGUGCUGAGGUUAUUCUUCAACUCAAAGUGCUGCACAGUAACUUAAUUAUAAUAAUAUAAAUUUUAUUAUACAGUCAACUGUCUCAUAAGUGACCUCCCUUGGUGCACGGCAAAGUAGUCACUGUUGGGGGGUGGUCAUCUACAGGAAAAAUCAAGAAAAUACACAAUGUAAGUUCAAACUGAAAAGAUUAACAUACACGUAACUACAUAACGUUGUUACCUUACAAGCUAAAAUGUAGGUAAAUAGGCAACUGUCAAUAAUCUUGUGCAUCGAAUAAUACUGUUUGGAACUGUUGAAACUUUGUACAUACAUGUAACAUUUUUGCAUUUAUGUACAUGUAACAAACCACCUGUUUACCCACAGGUCAUAAAUACAGCCAUCUUUUCUGUAAGUUAACUGCUAUAUCUGUCAGCCACUUGGUCAGUGCUAACAAAAAAUGAACUUUCGUAACAUUCAAGCCAUGGUUUUCUUACAAUCAUACAAGAGCAAUCUGGGUGGUUGCUUAUGGGAAACAGAAAACAAAAGAAUUAUAUGUCAAAUUUCUGGUUUAAAAAGUGGUCACAGUUGUUAAGAUAUUUUUAAGUAGUGGUCGCUCACGAGAGAGCUGAGAAACCAAAUGGUGAUUUUCAAAGUAAUCGCUUACGAGAGGUGGUCCCUAUGAGAUAGUUGACUGUACGUACCUCCAGUUUACCAAGUUUUCAGGUUGUGGCAAAAAGCUUACCAGUAUUAAUUUUGUCAACAUUUUAUUUUUCAACUUACAGUACAUGUAUCAUAAAGGUGAUUACUCAUCAGAAAUACUAUUGUGCUUUUUUUCUGAAGAUCAAUAUACAAGGAGCUACAAAUACAGAAUGAAGGCUAUGGAUAAAAUGACUGAACUAGGUCAGUGGGAAAUUAAAAUACUUAAAUACCGUAUUUAUUCAAUUAAAUGCAGCCGUCAAAUAAAAGCCACUCUUGAUUAAACACCGCAGCUGAAACACACUUAAUUAAAAGAAUGUGGUGUUUAGUCAAGGAUAAUGAGAAUAAACUGAGUGCAACUUGGUAAUCUACACCAUCCAGACAACUACGAUUCUAUCUCAGCAAAAUAAGAGAUGUUGGAAUCUUUAAAGUACAUAAUAUUUAAAAAACGAUUUACAGUGUAACUGUUGUCAGUGAUUUACCCACCCUUGAAUAAACGCCCCCCUAACAUAAAUGCCGCAUGAGAAACACUGAAAAUUUAAUAAACGCUGCAGCAUUUAAUCAAAUAAAUACGCUAUAUGUAUCUAAAACCUUAUGCCAUUAUUGAAGCCUAGUGUAGGUUAUUCUUAUGGAUUUUACAACUUCGUGCAAUAAAAUAUUUUUGUUGUUGUUCUUCUGUCAAUCAAGAUGAGAAACAAUAAAUUAUGGAGAAGCUACUAGAAGGUGUUAAACCUUGACAUACAAUUGUCUUCAAAUUAACCUUUCAGUCCAAGCCCUUGUUAGUCGAGCUUGCUUUAGCAUAGCGAGACUCUAAAAAUGCAGGCGUUUUUUUUUUCAUUGGUCUUCCCCAAAUGGUCAGCCAUGGUCCCAGGCAUUCCUAGCAGAGAAGGUGGAAACUGGGGAUAAGAAUCGUGACGACUCUCGUUGUAUGCAAAUAAGUCUUGUAAUAAGCAUGCGGUUUAAUUUUGGAAAUGACUGAAAUAACGUGCAAUGUUUAUCACGUAGUUCUUUGGCAAAUUUUUUCUUCCAUGCAAAAAAUCUUUAUAUUUUUUCGACAAAACAGCUUACGUUUCAUGCUUAUAUGACAUUGCAAGGUGAUAAAAUCGCAAAUGCAAAACAGGCAUAAAAAAGUAAAAACUGUAAACACAUGCCCUCUCUAGGGACUUUUUUUGUUUAAUAAUUUGGUUAUGACCUUCACAUGCGAAAAAUUAAACACAGAGCUGAACGUGACAGAAGGGAUAGUUUUGUAAACACAUGUAGGGGGUCAGGGUAGCGCAGAAUCUGCAUGUUUCAAAAACAAUGUACAAUUUUCAGAAUGCUAUGUUUUGAAAAGAAAAACUUGGAAAGAUAAAAUUAAUGCAUUAUAUGGUCAUGUCGCUUACAAAUCCACACACUAUUCGUGGUAGACCCACACUAAAAGAUGUCGAGUGGUUUUAGUUGAAAUCGUUGAUUAGUUUGGAGCAAUUGAUUACUUCAGUGGUCGAAAAAAAGAAUAAUCUUCAUGAGCAAAACUUCAAGGUUUAUUUUGAAAAUUAGGAUCGAGGAUCUGGGAUCCACAAUCAGGGAUCGAGGAUUGGUAAAAAAAAAAACUUGAAAAUAAAAUAGAUAAAUAAAUUGUGGAUCAUGGUGAUGUGGGCCACAGACUGUAGAUGAAUUUCACAAAACAUAACCCUGCUUGCUGUAAUGAGCACUAAAUUUAAGUAAACUACAUUGUACUCCAAGUCUGACUGAUUCAGUGAUUGUUUUGUCGAGAAACUGAAAUUUUCCUGGAAAAUGAAAUGGCUUUAUCCCAGUGAUACUGUGAUAAAAUGCGCUCUGUCUACAGGUCUAAACAUUGUACUCUGAGAUCGCGUAAACAUCAACGGUACAAAGAUAUUAAAAGCAGAUACCAAGCAGCCAUGGAAAGUGUAAUUUAUUAUUACUUUCACGCAAUUUUGAUAUCUUUAAAACGGACAACAAAUUCAACAGGAAUACGCGCAAACUGAAUUUACUCUCUGUUGUAUAAGGUUGUGCUAAACUUACACAUUUUUCCUGUACUGAACAAAAACUGUACCAAACCGUAUCUUGUCCGCUUGUUAAGGUAUAUACAUUAAUUUUAUACUGGUAAAAAUCAAUGUUCAAUGUUUUGAGUGUUAAAUCCCUGAAAGAGUUCUCCUCAUUGGAGUAAUAUCUGUCUGUCCUUGCAAUUUUUACGUUUUGAGUAUUUAUGUUAAUUUUUUGUCUCAGGUAAUUUUUGUUUUUCUUUUGUAUUUGGGCAUGGUAAUGUAUGCUAAUAAAGUCGAAACAGAGGAAAUUAAAAAUUACCUGAGGUAAAAAAAUUAACUACAACAUUUACAUUAAAUUUAAUGAUAUACAGUGUAUACCGGUAGCACUCGUUUUGUAUUCCAAACGAAAAGUAGCAUAACAGCACCACAAUAAAACUUAUCUUUAAGCAAGUGAGACUCAACGCUACUGAGAGCAUUCAUGUUUUGAUGAGAUUAUUAUUACUCUUACUUUUACUACUAUUAAUUAUUGCUCUAGCUAUUAUUGUUCUAUCAAUCUCAACUUCAUAUGCGUUAAAUUUUUGCAUAAUAACAUUGAAUUACUCACACUGAUGUAAUGUCUGGUAAAUUCUCUCCAUACAUUUCUGAUAGAAAAACCUGAAAAUAAUUAUGCUUUGUUUUGAUUCAGGACUUGAUAAGUAUUUGUUAAGUCUUGGUAACCAAGCAUUCUCUUUAAAUCCUGAGGCAGUGGUGCUACAUGCACAGUGUUAUAGGAGAAUACACCAUGCACUUUGUGCGCGCACCUCUGGAUUUAGAGGGAAUGCUUGGUUACCAAGACUUUUCAAUUGAGUUGUGAAUGAAAACAAAGCCUUUUUCUAGACUUUUCUACAAGAAUUAAACGGGAGAUGACAAAAAACUACUUCAGUGUGAGUAAUUCGGCUUUAUUACUCAAAAAUGUAACCUUUAUUUAGUUGAAACCCAUGUUUCCUAUACAAUGUAGCUAAUGCUCUAAUGUGUUACUCUGUAGACAAAAUCCUAUGGUGAUUAUGGUGUUCAUUCAAGUUAAACCUCUUUGGCAGACCUUUUGCAUAUUUCUAUUAAUUUUUUUUUCUCAGGGCUUUGCUAAAAGAAACUUGAAUUUUUUGAGUGAAAGGGUUAACAUUUUUUUUAAAUACAUCCUCACGUGUUAAAGUCUUGAACUUGCUUUUUCAUGACCUGGUACCUGUCAAGGAAAAUGGUACCUUGUUUAUUUCAUACAUCAUUCUUAAACAUCUCCAAUGUUCCAUUGUUUACUAUCUUUAUUUUUUACAUCCUUUCUAUGGACAGAUGAUCUAUUAUGCACAAUUGACUUCAAGUACAGUCGAAAGAAGAAACAAUCUGUCAGGGAACACCUCAAGUCUCUCCAGAAGCCACCAUGCAAUGUGAUACGCGGUGGAGAUGACACUAUUGACGAGGUCUCAGAUAUGUAUGAACAUGCAAGGUUUGAAACUAAGGUAAAUUUUAUUAUUCACGAAUGAUCCUAGCAAUAAUUAAUAAUAAUAAUAAUAAUAAAUAAUAAUAAUAAUAGUUAAUAAUUUAUAUUGCGCAGUUUUCAUGAUGAGAUGAUCAACUGUGCAUUAAAACAAUACAUAGAACAAAAAUUAAUAUAAAUUUUAAUAACUAAAAUGAUAAAAUUAAUAAGAAAUACAUCACCUGUAUAUAGAAUAAAAAGCCUUACUAAAAGGUACUUCUUUAAAAGUUUUGCUAAAAAUAAAAUUAAUAAAAAUGACAUAGUUGUGUAUAGGUAUUAAGUAAACCUAACUAAGAAUGAAAAGCGAUACUAAAAAGAUGUAUCUUUAAAAUUUUUUUUAAAAGUAUCAACAGAUUUGGCCAUUCUAAUUUCCAGAGGUAAAUCAUUCCAGAGUUUAGACGCCAAAGCAAUGAAAGCACUGUCGCCCAGGGUAGUUAAAGUUUUAAAAUUCGGGUGAGACAGCAGUAUUCUGUCAUUAUAUCGCAGUCUUCUUCUACUGAUUUUUUUUGUAACUCCACUUUUGUAUACAUGUAUCUAUUUUUGUUUCUGUGCAUCAUUUUCCAUAAAUUAUUAUACAACAACAAUUUUAUUGCACAUCAAACUGAUAGCAAGGAAUAAAAGUAGACUGAAAAAGAAAAAGGAAAUUAUUUAUUCCAUGUAACCCACAGUUAGCUUUAUGUAAUUAAGGCGGGUUUGGAGAAGAAAGAAAAAUAAGAAAAACUAGUUGUAAAAAUAUUUUUAUGUAGGGAACAUAAUUUGAAGUUUAAACUUGAUACCCAGCACAGCUUAAUUAUUUGCUAAAUUUACACGUGAAUGUCGAUUUUGAUUGCCUAUUUGUGUUUGUAGGAGUUUGGUGCACUGCAGUAUAGAAAGUUUGCCUACCUUGUGGAACAACUUAAAGACAGGUUUAGUAUUAAUGCAAUCUUUUAUAAAUAUAUAUAAAUACUUAAUAAAAGAAUAUUACAUGUUAAAUAAUAGUGCAUGUAACAAUGUAAUAAUGCACGUGUUUCUUGAGUGGAGGUUGGGUGUUAUGGAUAUCCAGUGUGACUUGUAAUUCCUUGAAGUGGCAGGGAGGGCUAUUAAAGACCUUAAGAUCAAGGUUUAGUUAUCUUACUGCAAAUGGCAAACCAUGGUUUUCGGUUAGCAUUUCCACAUUACCAGUCUGUCCAUUAUUUGGGACUUAAGAUUCACAGGUGGUAGCUUGAAGCUGCCAUGUUUGUUUUUAUCCAUUCAUUCACUCCUAUUCAAGCUGAGAAAUCAACCUCAAAAUUACUCUUGUAUGAAAAGAAUUCAAUGUUAUUUCUAAGCGAAAGGAUUCUGAAAAGUAGUAUAUCCUCUCAAACAUGGGAUCAUUAUGCAUAAAGGAGAAAACACCUUGCUGUAAGUCACUUACCCUAUAGAGCAUGGUCUAGCCAUACAAACGUGAACAUCAAACUGCAAACCCGACAGCAAGGCACUGGUGACGUGGCUCUUGGUGUUUGUGGUUCUCGGGAAAUGCCAAAAAAUCUUGAUCUGAAGGUCUCUAUUGUUUCCAUGACCACCAAAAUCCUGCAACUUUUAUAGCAAUAGUAGUCCCUCAGCAAUCAUACCACAAACUGCAAUCUUGUUUUAAACUUACAGCUGUACAUGUACAUGUAUAUCUCUGGAGGGAGAAAAAGGGUAUUAGAGAGGUUCAUGUAUGAAUUAUGAAAAAGAAUGUCUUUCCCUAUCAAUGACCUCAUCCUCGAAGACCCAGUUGCAGUCAGUCAGGUGGGGAGAAAAGGUGCGAUGAAAGUACUUGAAAGGGCCUUUUCUCCCGACCUGACUGACUGCCCCGGGGUCUUCAAGGAUGCAAAGACCUGAGAGCCCAAAAAAACAAACUCCUACUGUAGUAUGAGGGGGGGGGGGGGGGGGGGGGGGGGGAAAAACCACAAAAAAUUUUUUUUUUAUAUUAACUCCCUAAAAUACCCUCCCAUUUUCUUUUUAUAUAAUUUUUUCGAAUAAAUUUAUUUUUACCCUUUUUUUUAAAACAGUACCACUUUUUGUCGCGUGUUUUAUAUGGGAGUGGUGGUGGUGGGGCGGCGAGCGGCCGAAGAGGGUCAGCCGGGGCGCGCGGGGGGUGGCGGCGGCAGGACGUCGGCGUUGGCGGAGGCGACGGAAGGGGUGGAGGGUGGGAGUGACGCGGGAGGGCUGCGGGGGUGGGUGGGGCUUGAAUGGGAUUGGGUUGAUCAAUCCCAAAAUAUAUUGAUAUUUAAUUAAGCUCCUGAAAUUACCUCUCCAUUUACUUUUAUAAUGACUUGUACGAUACAUUUAAUUCUGACCGAUUUUGUACAAUCGUACACAUCUGUGUCGGCUGCUUGAUACGACAAAGUACAGCUCUAGGAAACACUGAUUAAGGAUAUAAAUCGUUGUAUCAUCCUGGACACGAAGGGUGCUUUUGAUUGAUCGUAUCAAAUCUCUUGUAACGUGAUUUUUUGUCCACUCAAAUGCUACAGACAUGAGAAAAUUAUCUUUCAAGCAUAUUUCUAGAUAUUGCAGUGCAAUGAAUGUUAUUUUUAGGGUUUCCUUCCAUUGAUUCUUAUCCCGGAAUACUGUCAAUCGAACACGCCCUGAUUAAAGAACGGCAGCUGGAAGAUAGGAGUUUGCUCUGUAUGGCAUUCUUCUUUUUCUUGGGAAAAAGUGUACAGCUCUUUGAUUUCCUUUGACAUUCUUUGGUUUCAUGCGGCAAAAAAAGUAGGAACAGGAACAUCCACAGGAUGUCAACAUUUGUUGUUGCUGAUAAGUUUGUCAAUCAACUGUGAUUGAGUGUAAUAUCACAAUGCAAUCACAAAAUUAUAUGGUAAAAAUGUUAAGAUAUUUAGUUUUUUAAUGUCACGUACAGUGAUACGUGAUUUAUGAUUAUGAUAGAGGAUGUCAAAAACGAUAAAAAUUGUUGGGUCUGAAACUUAAAUAUUCAGCAAAAAUGUCCCCAUGCAAGUUGCCUGGGUGAGAUUGCCCUUGGUACAGUGUUAAAAAUUCUUUUUUUGUUUUUACUUUAAUCUUAUAAUCACCUUAAUGCAUUACUAGCUUUUGUAACUUUUUAAAGACAAAAUGUUUUGAAAUUUUAGUCAUAUUUAACGCCCUUGAUUCCAAUAAAGAAUGUCAGUUAAAUUAACACACUUCAAAAAAGCUUAAAGACAUAAAAUGUUCCACAAGGGUUAAAAUAAAAGGUUAAUUCAGUUCGGAUUGGAUUUAUGAUACAUUCUAAACUCGAGCCUUCCAUAACCUCUUCACACCAACUUGUAAUGCUGAGAACUUAUUUGUCCUUUAGACAAGUUAAAAGUAAUAAUUAUUAAUGUAAAAAUAUUUAAAUGAUAACCUACUAACUAGGCUAGCAUUACCAUUUCAAAACUUGUCAACUAUUUGUUGAUUUUCUUGUGCCACAGGGUGAAAGGCCAGCAUCCACCCCCCAAUUUAGAAAAAGUUCUGUCGCCUUGUCUUGCUCACUCUAACAAGAAAGGAAAACUCGCACUUGUCUGAUGUGCAUAGAGUCUCUCUGUUAGUAUUUUGCAGUUGCUUGUUAGUAUGUUCUUUCCAUCCCUAAUGUCUUGUAAUGUGUUGAAUAUAACUCAGAACUCAUACUUGUUCCUUAUUAAGAAUUUAAUGUUCCGCAUAGGGAUGAUUUUGAAAGAAUGUAUUUUUUAAUGACUUUUUUGUUGCUUCUCUCAAUGUAUAACUGUAAAACACACUUGGGUCAACAGACUGAAACAAAAUAAACAUCCACAGUAAAGAACCAUUUUAAAUAUCCAAACGUAUAAAAUCAUACAUAUUAUGAAAGCGUAAAUUCUGGGUUGUCACUAAGAUUUCAAGUUGCCAGGUAAAUACAACAAGUAGGCGGGGAAUCAAACAGCUAGAAAUUUCUUUCGGUUCCAUUUUUCUCUUAUUUUCUUUCAAAAGUAGCCAGUGAAGAUGGUUAAUUAGUAGCCGGGGAAAAUCCCCAGCCCCCUCCUCUUAAUGACAGCCCUGUCAUAAAACACUGUCAUAGUAUACAUGAAGUCCAUAAUGUACGUAGUAACUGUAACAAAGAAGAUAACAGUUUCGAUCCUUUCAAAAUAUUUAAUUUUACAAAACUAAUGAUGGCUAAGUAUGUGCAGAAAAAUUAAUGUUUAAAUCAUGAUCCAUGUUUUGAGCAUAAAAACUAUUUUUUUGUGGCCUUUCUUGGACCCUUAUCAGGGUGUAACAUAAUAAAAUUAAGUUUAUAUCAAUUAUUUUGUUUGUCUAAGUCUUUGCCUUGCAUCUUUUAAUAUAAGGGAUUAUGCAGAGAGAAAAGUAAUGUAAAUAAAUAAUUUAUGUAAAAACCCUGUUAAAAUUGAGCUAAUUAAUAGAACUCUAUAGCUUGUAUGUUUUGCUUUCCCAUUGUAGGUCAUAUGUUUUUUCAAGGGAAUUUGCCUUGUGUUUUAACAAAAAAGCGUAUAUGUUCUUGUGAAUAAGAUAAAAUUGGAAACAGUUGUCUUCAUGUGUAAUAACGUUUUGUCACUUGAUCUAUUGCCUAUUGAUAUAUUGCCUAUUGAAAUCGUGAAAAUAAAACCCUGUCUCUCCAAAAUCGCAAAAUUAAGUAUCCGCGAAGUUAAUUACCAGUAAGUUAGCUACCACUCAAAUGAAUGUCAAACGUUGUGUAUAAAUUGUAACCUGUUCAUUACCCCUAGAAAUCGAUAGCUGUUGAUCUUCUAUAUAUAACAAUGAAUAGUUGUUUUUUAUUGUUAUCAUUAAUUUUCUCAGGGUGCGCCUUUAUGUCAAUGUACCUGGGAGCCUGAUAGUUGCUGGAAAUAGUAAAAGGCCAAUCAGAAAACCACCAUCAAGCACCAAGAUGGAGCCAGCAGCAAGUAUCGAAAUACGAACUCCAGAUGAUGUUCAAGCUGAAGGUGCUACUAAGAUGACUGCAAGUGGAACAAUAAGCUUGUAGAGAUUUUUUGACGUGUUUGAACAUUAUUUUGAUGUAAAAUAAUUAUUAAAGAGGAGACAGGGUUUCAUCCAAUAUCCAGACCCAAAGAAGUGUGUUAAUACCACACGGCCCCGUCAGGUUUUUUAAGACCCACUUUGAGCUGUAUGGAUAGCAGAUGAAACAGUGGACAGUGGACAGGUUUCAGUAAAGCCUUUCAAGUCUCAAGGGUCAAAGCUGUGCUCUGAAAAAAAAUUGAAAGGAGUCUAGUACCCUAAACCUAUGAAAUCCAGGGUGCCCAGCAUAUGAUUUCUAUGAAAAAUCUAGUAUUUUCUAUUCACUCGGGAGCAAAAGUUGGGCACCAGGGGCCACCGGUCUCUGUUAGAGCACAGCCCUGAACAUGAUCAACAUCGCUUUUCUCCUAAACCAGAAAGAAAGAGAAAGAGAGAAUUUAGGCAAUAGGAGUUAAUGGAAAAUGCUUUGAUCUCAGCUUAUUCUUUAAGAAAAUGUCUGGAGAUGUAGAGAAAUAAUGUAUCACAUGGAUUUCUGGGCUUAAUGGGAUAGCCUCUCAAAUUAGCAAUAAUAUUUAAAGAAUUUCAAAGCUUAACUUUGCAAUGAUUUUGUGAGAGCUAAUAUCCUCCUGUAUGGAAGCAAUUUGUAACUGCUUUUUUAAUGAAUUAGCAGCUAGUUUAAGUGCAAUAAUCAAUGGCGGCAAAAGACAACACUUAUAGGUUGCUAAGGACAACACUAUAUAGGACAGAAUCCGUGUGGCAAUCCAGUUUAACCCUUUAAACCCUGAUAUCAAGAUUUAAAUUCUCAUUUGUUGUCUCUAUACACUUCCUAUAGAAGUAGUGGGGAGAAGUUGUUAGAGUAUGAAUUGAAUUCAUCUUGUGUGAUCAAACCCUUAAUUCUUGUGACCAUAAUGUUUUAUGGAGCAAAGAUAUUACAAGGAGGAAAUUGAUGCUGAUCACACUUAGGGCUUAAAGGGUUAAAGAAAGAAAAUUGAUGGAAGGCCAUUCCUAAAUCAUUUUCACUCUACAACUUUUAUGCAGGGUGGAACACCAUGGGUAAGAGAAAUUUGGUUACCUAUUCACCAAAGAAAUGUUGGUUCUCAUGAAAUCAUCCAUCCACGAUUUUCACACCGACAGUAAUGCAUAUUUUUUACCCCCCAAAAUUUUGCAUUACAGUCGUCCCAACAGAAAUCGAAGACAUUGGUUAUGCAAAAUUUUAGGGGUAAACAAGGUGCAUUAUGGUCUAUUUGAAAAUAAUAAAUUCGUACCUAGAGAACGUAUGUACGUAUGUACGUCCGUUAAGGGGGGGUGGGGGGGGGGGCUUAAAAUGUCUUACUUACAACCUGAAAAGUGCAAGGCAUAUACAAAUUGUGUCCCAUCUCGUACCCAGAGUCUUGCCGACGUCCAAAAAGCCAGAAGACUCUGGGUACAAGAUUGACUUGUGAUGAACUGGAUAUUACAUGGGUUAACUCUUAUUGUCCCAACAGUACGCACUCUCAUUGGUUACCUCAGGUCACAUGAUAUCUAACAAUGAAGAUUGUUUCUCUGAGCGGGCAACAUUGCAAGGUUUACGAUGUUUUUCUUUUAUAAGAGGCCUACAUAAUGAUGUUUGAUGAUGCUGUAGAUAGAAAACAAGGCUUUCUAACUAUAAAAUAUCAUUUGUGAAAUGUCAUUUUGAGAUUUUUUGCCAUCUUUGUUUUUAAUGACAAAAACUCCCCCCCCCCCCCUUUUUUGGGCUU